CCAGCUCAGCCACAACAGCUUACCGCAACUGUAAUCGAAAAUAUCACAGAGGCAUAUUCGGUGGUCAGACUAUCCUGGAUAGACGAUUCUCCGUGUAAACCGGUCACGUUCAACUUCACCUACAUAGCCCCAGAUGGCAUGAGUCUUAUGGAGAAAACCAACCAAACCCAUGUGACCAUACAUUGGGCGGACAAAUGCUAUCCAAUACAUAUUCGACUCCAGGGACAACACGGGAACGACACUGGACCCGCCUUGGAGAAGAGUGUGAGUCUAAUUCCAGAUCUUCUGCUUUCCAAACUCAUUCAAGCACCAAACGCUCCGUUCGGCGUCAGAGUUAGUCCGGUCAGUGGUCAGACUCAGGCGUACAAUAUAGCUUGGAAUGACAACUCAGAGUGCGGGUCGCCCAGAUAUGUGGUGAGUCUGUACAACACACAGGGUCAAAUGGUCAAGGAACACGAGACCGCUCGUCGAGACAUGAUAAUCAACUUGGACGAUUCCUGUGAAAACCUUGAUGUCGGAAUCAAAGGAGUGAACGAGGCUGGUGCAAGCGAAGAGUCUUCAAGAAUCGCAUUGGUCAGACGUACG